AUGUCAUCGAGGGGUCGCGGCGGGAGACCAGUACCGGCAGGUAGUCCACAGGCACGACGGACAAGUGGCGGAGGAGUUGGCUCAAGAUCUGAAUCUGCAGUUGCCGGACCGUCGUCGAGAGGAGGAAUCUCAAAGGUGAAGAAAACUGGAAGGGAUGGGAAGGGCGUAGGUGAUCGGACUACUGACAUACAACCGGGCGACCCACUGCCCCGUCGUCAUCGCUAUCGACCAGGCACAGUAGCCCUUAAGGAAAUCCGCCGCUAUCAAAAAUCAUGGGACCUUCUCCUCCUCAAACUCCCCUUUGCCCGUCUAGUCCGUGAGGUCGCCGUCGACCUCCUGCCCGCCGGCGUCGGGGAGGAGCUUCGAUGGCAGUCCCAAGCUAUCCAAGCCCUACAAGAGGCUGCAGAAGCGUUUCUCGUCCACCUAUUCGAAGACACGAACUUAUGCGCCAUACAUGCAAAGAGAGUAACUAUUAUGCAAAAGGAUAUACAAUUAGCACGGCGGAUACGCGGUGCUUGGGCUGGUUUGGGAUGA